AUGUAUGAAGAUAAAGGAAAGGUGUAUCUAAAUGAAGAAAAUCUUAGCCCCCAGUUACGUUCGCAUGGUAAUUCCCUGAAUCAAUCUCAAACUUGGUAUUUAGACACAAAAGCUAGUAAUCACAUGACAGGUGAUAAAUCCAAGUUCAUGACUUUGAACGAAACAAUUCAAGGUUUCGUGAAAUUCGGGAAUGAAUCAAAAGUGAGAAUCGAAGGAAGAGGUUCGGUUGUAUUUAGAUGUAAAGAUGGAAGUCAAAGAAGAAUGAAUGAAGUUUACUACAUUCCUGAUCUGUGUAGUAAUAUAAUCAGCUUGGGUCAACUAGCUGAGGGUGGAGAUGAAAUAAGGAUCAAAGAUCCAUUUUUAUGGGUCAAAGAUUCAAGGGGAAAGCUACUGAUGAAGGUGAGAAGAUCAUCAAAUCGCCUCUACAAGAUAGAGCUACAUGAAACCGAAGGCAUGUGUCUAACUGCUGAGGUUGAUGACCAGUCAUGGUUAUGGCACAAGAGAACGGGGUACAUUAAUUUCAAUUCGAUGAAGCUUAUGGCCGAGAAGAGAAUGGUCGAAGGAAUGCCGACUGUGAAGAUUCCCUCACAGCCCUGUGAGGGUUGCUGA